GGGGAUCGCAGGAGGCGUAAUAUACGUCAUCGUGCAAGUGAUUUUCCUCGUGAUGUUUCUCGACAAAUUUGCCGAGCCCGAGGUGAACCGCAGGUGUUGCGGUGAAUUUUGCUGCGGAAUCGAAGAUGCUGAAGAACUGCUCCUGGGUUGGAUGGAUUUUGUGUACUUCUUGGUUCAUGGUUUGCUCCUGACAUCGCUGGCACUUUUGUGUGCCACUGGCACGGGUUACUACUUCUUGUACGAAAUGUUCGGAGAGCAGUGCGACUUCAAUCGCUACGUCAUCUAUGGAACGUGCGCAGUCUCUGUUGUGUCCGUCAUCCUGUCCUUGUUUCCCCGUUUUGCUAGCCUGACAAAUUUUCAGCAUUCUCGUGACAAUUGGUGGAGGGCUCUGGCUGGAACUGGGAAGUUUUCAUUUCUCGUCAUGCACCCUGUGCAAUACGUUUUAUGUCGUCAGAAUCUGAUAUUGUUUGCGGUGAUGCUACAGCCGAUGGCAGUACAGUGGUACCUCAUAACAGCGAAUCCUUGA